GGAGAGAGAAGGAGGUUUGUUCUUGUCCUAAUACGGCCUGCUGACUGACUCGCUGCCGGCUCCCAGCUGCACUCUCUAGCCUAAGCCCAAAGAGCUCUGCAGCCAUGCCCUCAGACCUUGCCAAGAAGAAGGCUGCCAAGAAGAAAGAGGCAGCCAAAGCUCGUCAGCGAGUCAAAAAGCACGAGGAGGUCGAGCAGCCGGAGGAAAACGGAGCCGUUCCAAAUGGGGAGAUGAAUGGAGAUGUUUCUGCCUUGACUAAAGAGCUAGAUGAGUUUGAGUUAAGGAAGAUAGAGGCUCGGGCGGUUACAGGUGUCUUGGCAUCGCACCCCAACAGUACAGACGUUCACAUCAGCAGCCUUUCACUCACUUUCCAUGGGCAGGAGCUGCUGAGCGACACAAGCUUGGAACUGAACUCAGGCAGACGCUACGGUCUCAUUGGACUCAAUGGCACAGGUAAAUCCAUGCUCCUGUCUGCUAUCGGCCAUCGAGAGGUCCCUAUCCCAGAGCACAUAGACAUUUAUCACCUGACACGUGAGAUGGCACCCAGUGAGAAAACAGCGUUACAGUGUGUGAUGGAGGUGGAUGAGGAGAGGAUCCAGCUGGAGAAGGAGGCAGAAAGACUGGCCCAUGAGGACUCAGAGUGCGAGAAGCUGAUGGAGAUCUAUGAGCGCUUGGAAGAGCUGGAUGCAGACAAAGCUGAGGUUCGAGCUUCACGCAUUCUCUUUGGUCUGGGUUUUACCCCAGCAAUGCAGCACAAAAAGCUCAAAGACUUCAGUGGUGGGUGGAGAAUGCGUGUCUCGUUGGCCAGAGCGCUGUUCAUUAAACCUUUCAUGCUGUUACUGGAUGAACCCACUAACCACCUUGACCUGGAUGCCUGCGUGUGGCUGGAGGAGGAACUCAAAUCGUUUAAGCGAAUUCUUGUACUCAUCUCACACUCCCAAGACUUCCUGAAUGGCGUGUGCACCAACAUCAUCCAUCUGCACCACAGGAAACUCCGAUACUACACAGGUAAUUACGACCAGUACGUGAAGACGAGGGAGGAGCUUGAGGAGAACCAGAUGAAACGCUACAACUGGGAGCAGGACCAGAUAGCACACAUGAAGAACUAUAUUGCUCGAUUUGGUCACGGCUCGGCUAAGCUGGCUCGUCAGGCUCAGAGCAAAGAGAAGACGUUGCAGAAGAUGGUGGCCUCAGGCCUGACCUCCCGAGUAGUUACAGAUAAGACUCUGUCAUUUUAUUUUCCUCCCUGUGGGAAGAUUCCGCCUCCUGUCAUCAUGGUUCAGAAUGUCUGUUUCAGAUAUUCCGACGACACACCUUAUAUUUAUAAAAACCUGGAGUUUGGCAUUGACCUGGACACCCGAGUGGCUCUAGUGGGCCCUAAUGGAGCAGGGAAAUCCACACUACUGAAACUUCUGAUGGGAGAGCUCCUCCCAACUGAUGGUAUGAUCAGGAAACACUCGCAUGUGAAGAUCGGCAGGUAUCACCAGCAUCUGACUGAACAGCUGGAGUUGGACCUGUCUCCCCUAGAGUACAUGAUGAAGUGUUACCCAGAGAUCAAAGAAAAAGAGGAGAUGAGAAAGAUCAUCGGACGGUACGGCCUGACGGGGAAACAGCAGGUGAGUCCCAUCAGGAAUCUGUCAGAUGGUCAGAAGUGCCGUGUGUGCUUCGCUUGGCUGGCCUGGCAGAACCCCCACAUGCUCUUCCUGGACGAACCUACCAAUCACUUGGACAUCGAGACCAUCGACGCACUAGCUGAAGCCGUCAACGAGUUUGAGGGAGGGAUGAUGCUGGUCAGCCACGACUUCAGACUCAUCCAGCAAGUGGCGCAAGAAAUUUGGGUGUGUGAGAACCAGACCAUCACCAAAUGGAACACAGACAUUUUGGCGUACAAGGAGCAUUUGAAGUCAAAAAUCGAUAAACAGACACAUGAUGUUUGAAGGUCUAAAGUCAGGACUCUUUCAUUUGCAUCAUGGAUAGAUUAUUUUGCCCUGCUCAUCUUACUAUAAUGCAUGUGAUCUAAGAACAUUUCCCAUGGACUUUCCCCAAAAUUUCAGAGUGUUUUGUAAAUCUCGUUCAAGUUUUCCAGCAUCAAAAUGCAGUACAUACAUUCUCAUGGAGACUUUCACACACACACCAAUCAUAGUCUGGGUAUUAAUGGUCACUUUUGUUUUUAUUUAAUAUUAUAAAUGCAAUAAAGUUGAAUUAAUCAAAGUUUACCAAAAUAGCAGACUAGGAGUUGUAUAACCACAUAGAGUACCAGUCAAAAGUUUGGAUACACCUUCUAAUUCAAUGUUUUUUGUUUAUUUUUGUUAAUUAAAACACUUCAUGUCUUAAGGUAA